UGUGUGUGUGUGUGUGUGUAUGCUGGGUGGUCACGAAGAUCUGGGAUCUCGUCUCUCUCCGCCUUCCAGGGAGAGGACUAGAAAAAGCACACGCAGAGAGAGGAGCCGGGACAACACAUGAACAGUAGAGAGCUGUCAAGCUUGCGAGGAGGCAGCGGAGAGACGACUCAGUCUUUUUCUUGGAAUACAUUCUCCUCUUCAUCUCUGAAGCCCACACACACACACACACACACUCACACACACUCACAAACACAUAAAAAAAUCAACAACAACUCACAAACAGACUGUGGAGUGUUUGUGUGGGAGCCGCUCUCAGAAGAGGCAGUGAAUUAUUGGAUGGAUUUGGACUUGCUCAAGGCGAACACACUUGGACCGUUGAGCUUUGAACAUCUCGCCGACUUGGACUUUACUCUGUACGAGACGUCAAACUUUUGGUUUGAUUAUUGCGAAACGUUUUAAAAGCUGUAGGACUCAACCUGGAUUUGAGGCGCAUCAACUGACCGAGUCCAACAGGUUAGAAGUCGGUGUGUGCGAUGAGGAGGAAGAUGUUCUGGCUGGCGACGGUGGUCCUGUUUGCCCACUUCGGAGCCACUUUGACAGGAGCUUGGAGAGCAUCUCAGCCAAGAUUACAGUUCACGUACUCUGAGCUCAUCCAGAAUGGCCGGCUGCUGACGCUGCCCUUGGUGGCGGGAGACCUGCACUCCUUGCUGCCUGAUGAAGACAGGAGGCGUCUGUACGUGGCCAUGAAAGAUAACCUUCUGUCUACCAGUCUGGAUGAUAUCACGCAGAAUCCACGCAAGCUCUACUGGCCAGCUAGUGCAGAACGUGUCCAAGAAUGUCUCAUGGCUGGGAAGGAUCCAGAGCUGGAGUGUGCCAACUUCCUGCGAGUUCUGCAGCCUUUUAAUCAGACUCAUCUUUAUGUGUGUGGCACUGGGGCCUUCAACCCCCGCUGUGCUUUCAUAGCUACCAGCAUCUUCCACCAGUUUGAGCAUCAGACUCUCGCCUACAGCCAAACAGAGUGUGGGAAAGGAAAAUGCCCCUAUGACCCAUUUCAGAGAACAGCCUCAGCUGUUGUUGACGGCGAGCUGUAUGCUGGCAUCACCUCAGACUUCAUGAGUCGAGACUCUGCUUUCUUCCGGAGCCUUGGCAGACGACACGUUAUCCGCACAGAGCAGUACGAGUCCACCUGGCUGCAGGAUGCCCAGUUUGUGCGGGUAGCGCCACUGUCUGAGACUGAUAACCCAGAAGACGAUAAAGUUUACGUGUUCUUCACCGAGCGUGCUCAGGAGGCGGAGGGGGCGGCUGGGAAGGUGCUCUACUCCAGAGUGGCGCGCGUGUGCAAGAAUGACAUUGGUGGGCAGAGGAGUUUGGUGAAUAAGUGGAGCACUUUCCAGAAGGCACGUAUGGUCUGUUCGGUUCCAGGACCAGACGGCCUGCAGACACAUUUCGACCAGCUGCAGGACAUUUUUAUUCUCCAAGGGAAGGACAAGAAGAAUCCUCUCAUCUACGGCCUGUUUACCACUUCAAGUGAUAUCCUGAACGGUUCGGCGGUGUGUGUUUAUCGAAUGGAAGAUGUGGUUCGAGCUUUUAAAGGAAACUUUCUGCACAAAGAGGGGCCUCAGUAUAAGUGGGCAGAAUUUACAGGCAAGGUGCCUUACCCACGACCAGGAACUUGUCCUAGCAGCACAUAUGGAAGCUACAGCUCGACCAGAGAAUACCCUGACGAUGUGAUUUUCUUCAGCAGGACCCAUCCUCUGCUGCAGGAACAUGUCCUGCCGCUGGGAGAUCGCCCCCUUCUGGUCAGAGUGGGCGUUCACUACAAGUUUAGCAAGCUGCUGGUGGACAGAGUGGAGGCUGUGGAUGGUACAUAUGAUGUCCUGUUCAUAGGCACAGACUCGGGACUCGUGCUGAAGGCCAUCCAUCUGCCCAAAGAGCACGGUCUGAGUCAGGAGGUCACUCUGGAGCAGCUGCAGGUCUUUCAGUGGUUGUUAGUCGGCUCCAGGGAGGGUGUGUCCCAGCUAGCCCUGUACCAGUGUGAGCUGUACGGUCAGGCCUGCGCCGAGUGCUGCUUGGCACGGGAUCCCUACUGCACCUGGGACGGCCACGCCUGCAGCCCCUACAUGCCCACCGUGCGACGGAGAAAUGCUCGUCAUUUAGGGGAGGAUGAGGAUCCACUAACUCAAUGUGUCCGGCAGGGAGCUGGGCUGCAGGUGGAGGCGGAGCAGAGGGUGAUGAUGGUUGCAGAAGGUAACAGCACCUACCUGGAGUGUUUGCCUCGAUCCAGACACGCUGCAGUUACCUGGUAUAAACAAGCUGGAGAGAAUAGUGCUGAAUUAAAUCAGGUAAUUACAGGUGACCAGAUGGUGGUGAUUGAGCGAGGCGUCCUGAUUCGACGAGCCGAGCUCUCUCACGGCGGGGUCUACCACUGUCAGGUGGAGGAACACGGAUAUCACUGGACGGCCGUGACCGUCCGCCUGGCCGUCUGGAGCCCCUCUGCCAACCGAGUCCUCGCCUCGCUGGCCGCGUCGUCUUACCAGAGCGCGGGUUCCCAGCCCUGGUACGAGGACGUGAUGGCGCUGAUCCACCCGGGAAACCUGGGCCAGCACUGCAAGGCCCUGGGGUACCGCCCGCCCCGCAACCAGCGCCAUCAUAAAGACUUCAUGGUGGCGCCGCACAAGGAGAAAGAGAGGGGAGACAAGCACAAGCACGGGGCAGGAAGAGGGGGAGGGGGAGGGGGGCGCAUCGUGGGGAGAAAGAGCAGGAGCAAGCCACAGCAGAGGGCGCCGAGGAGCGCCUGAGCGCGGCUCCCCAGUGACUUAAACACACGUUUUCUGUACCAUACAUGCAAACACACAUGCUGACACCUAACUUAUACUUUCACACACAAGCAUAUGUUAUGUACAGAGACUGUCGUGCAUGCACUUAUCUAUAAAAGGUAUCUUCUCGUUUUAGUGGCAAACAUUCAACCUAAGCUACUCCUAAUCAUCCUCUGAAGUACAGUAUGUACAGGUGGACUCGGACAUCAGGGGACUGUUUCUCCUGGACAAAAUGACUUUGUGAACAAAAUAGCAUAAGUAGAAUAGCUUAGGCUGCGUAGCAUGUUGAUCGAAGGAUGAACGGCAUGCCCAGAUCAAUCAGUAUGAGUAACUGUGUUGUGACGAGGACUUUUGAGAGGAAAUUCUGCAUGUGGAGCUUUGGCAGAAAACAUUCUUCCACGAGGCAAAAAUCAAACAUUUGAAACGCAAACUCCCAAUUCUCCUGAAGGGAUUCCAGCUCUGGUGGCCAGCUCUCCACUGGUUACCACAUUUCCAGUUAAUUUCUUUAAAACAAAAACCGGUGUCCAUUGAAUUUAGUGAGAUUCUAAUGGUUGACAUUUUUAAAGUAUUGUGGUUUAAAGAAGCAUUUUCCACACUUUUCUGCGACGUGCGUAAAGUUCAAGGUCACUUUAUUCUCAGAUAUUUAGAAAUUAGUGCUCAGUGGCACAAAGAAAACAUUUUGUUGAUGAGCUUUACUGUAAAAAUAUAUAUAAGUCAAAAAUACAGACAUGCAAUCUGUUCUGAAUAGAAUUUGGAUAUUUUUCAUUAACCAGCUGUAAAAAUCAGAUGUGCAACUACGCAAAAAAAGCUGUCAAUAAAUCUGUCAUGUAUUGAAAUGGUUUGAAACAUAGUCAGCAGUUCUUGAUAAUUAAGGGAUUAAAACGUUCAAAAGCAAGUUAUUAACUAUCCAGGUAGUGGUUCAACAUGCGAGUAACUGCAAAAAAACACUGCAAAAAACUGUCCAUCUAACCAAGUUUUAAAACCUUAUA